AUGACUUACGCGACCGCUCGAGCUCGACCUCGUGGAUAUCCUCCCGUUCGUUUUGUCCCCUCUUCCGCGAUUCCCUCGAACCGGACGAUUCCUCUCCUCUCCGCUCCGCUCCGCUCCCUUUUCUUCACCUCCGUUCAAAAACAAAAGACGACGACGGGAGGGAUGAUAGAGCCAGCGGCGAUGGGCUCGGAGGUGGGGUUGGCGUUGCAGCUCUGCGCCGUGCGGACCGUCGGCGGCUUCGUGAAGGAUGCGGCGACGGAGAGCGCCAGCAGGGCGGCUAGGCUGGUGGAGUCCAUCAAGAUCUUGGAGGAGGAGAAGCGCAAGAUCGAAGCUUUCCAGCGCGAGCUCCCUCUCUGCAUGCAUCUCCUCGGCGAGGUGAUCGACGGAUUGAAGAAGGAGACGGAGCGAUGCGGCGGCGGGUGUUUCGGGCGUGUUCUCCGGGAGUUGUUACCCGUGGAGAGUAGAGUCGAGGAGGAUGGAGAGGUAAAAGUAGACGACAAGAUGAACUGGAUGAGCUCCGCCCAGCUCUGGAGCGAUAACUACGGCGAGAACGACAUCAGUCACGAGAAUCACGAGGAGGGACGCAGGCAGGGGAAGGAGAACUUGUUCUUGGAAUGCAAGAGCCCCGGCGGCGACGGCGCUUUCUUACCGUUUGAAGCGCUGUCGACGGUUUCUGCGAGCUCCGAGGAGAAGAAGCCUGCCGCCGCGUUGCCCGACCGCCGUGGCUGCGGUCGCGGCCCCAAAAGCGUCGGCAGAGCACCGGAGUCGUCUCCAGCUCCAGCGACGGUGUGCGGCCGCCUUGGCUUCCAGUCCCAGCAUCAGCCGUCGAGGAAGGCGAGGAGGUGUUGGUCGCAGGAGCUGCAUCGGCGGUUCACGCUCGCCAUCCAACAGCUCGGCGGUGCCCAAGUGGCUACUCCCAAGCAGAUACGGGAAGUGAUGAAGGUGGAGGGGCUCACAAACGAUGAGGUGAAAAGCCAUCUGCAGGUGGCUACCCAGUUCCUCCUCCUCCUCCUCCUCCUCGUGGAUUACUUACCUUACUGCUUCCUAAUCCUUGUCGUGAGAUGGCGUUUUCCGACGUUCUGCUCCUGCUAUUUCAGAAAUAUCGAUUGCACGCUGGAAAGCUGCCUAAUGCUUCUUCAGCCAUGGCGAGUCCACCGGGUGCGGAGGGAGGCUCAUCAUGCGUCCGGCUUCAGCAGCAAUGCAUCAGUCCUCCUCCACAGCAGAGCGUUUCGCCUUCUGGUUCUCUCUCCACAGAGCCCUCUUCAGCUGGUUAGCUCUACCCGAGCCCCGUCGAUCGCUGCCGGAGAUAGAUAGCUUCGAGGAAGAUGGCAAACGAAGUAAUUUAUUUGAAGUGAGGCCUCCUUUAGGCGAAGAUACCGACCGGCAUAACAUAGAGAGGUGGAAUUUUGCAGGUGAGGUCGUUUGACUCCUCGGUUCUCUUUUGCUUAAUUUUGGGUUCGGACAAUGAAGGCAUCGAGUAGAGUGUUUAGUUUCUUUUCUGAUGAAGAUUUCGAUCGUCAUCAUCAAAAGAAAGAUCACCAGAACUAUAUGAAUGAAUACUGCUGGAAUGGAAUCAUCUCGUCAUUUUAUUAUUAUUAUUAUUAUUA